CUACUCUGCCUUACACAGCAAAGAAGAAGAGGACGAGGACGAAGAAGAGCACUCUACGCAUACCGGCUGUUAACCAGCACCGCAAUAUUAUUCACAAGUUAAGCCUAUUUAAAGGCUGCAUGUUGGCGAAAAGGACCGGUUUUUAUAUUUUAAUAUGUAAUAUCCUUACAUUUAAGAGAACUGCCGUUCUUGGAUAAGAUAAACUAAAGAUGUUUUAAAAGAGAAACAGUUAACCAAAUGCUAAUAUUAGCCGCGUGUAGGGAAACGUUAAUAAUUUCAGUGCAUCUUAUCCCUAACUGGCGGUUUCCAUGACGAUGAGGUGUCACUAUGAAGUGUUGGGAGUAAAAAGAGACGCGGGAGACGAUGAGCUGAAGAAAUCUUAUCGGAAAUUAGCCUUAAAAUGGCACCCAGAUAAAAACUUGGAGAACGCAGAGGAGGCCGCAGAGCAGUUCAAGCUCAUUCAAGCAGCUUACGAUGUCCUCAGCGAUCCACAGGAGAGAGCCUGGUAUGACAAUCACAGAGAAGCUCUGCUGAAAGGAGGCCUAAGCGGCGAUUAUGAAGACGACAGCAUUGACCUCCUGCAGUUCUUCACAGUCACAUGCUACUCAGGAUACGGAGAUGAUGAGAAGGGCUUUUACACGGUUUACAGGAAUCUUUUUGAGUCCAUUGUUAAGGAGGAGAUGGAGCACAGCAGGAUGGACGACGAGGAAGAGGAAGAAGGGUUUCCUCCCUUUGGAGAUUCUCAGAGCGAUUAUGAUACAGUAGUCCAUGUGUUUUACGCCUACUGGCAGAGCUUCUGCACUCGCAAAAACUUUGCUUGGAAGGAGGAGUACGACACGAGGCAGGCAUCCAACCGCUGGGAAAAAAGGGCCAUGGAGAAGGAGAACAAGAAGACCAGGGAAAAGGCUCGAAAGGAGCGCAAUGAGUUGGUGCGGCAACUGGUGGCCUUCGUCCGUAAGAGGGACCGGCGCGUCCAGGCCCACAGGAAGCUGGUGGAGGAGCAGAACGCCGAGAAGAUCAAGAAGACGGCGGAGCUGAGGCGACAGCAGAAGCUCAAACAAGCCAAGAUGGCAGAGGAGUACAAGGAGCAGAGCUGGGCCGCAAUGUCUGAGCUGGAGAAGGAGCUGCAGCAGAUUGAAGCUCAGUACGGAGAGGAGUUUGGAGACACAUCCGAGAGUGAGGAAGAGGAGGUGGAUGUGGACACAUUUCAGAAAAACAGUGAAAGAGACGGAGAUGCUGCGCAGCCAAACGACGAUGACCCGACCAUCGACUGUUACGAUGAUCUCUACUGCCCAGCUUGUGACAAGUCUUUCAAAUCGGAUAAAGCCAUGAAAAACCAUGAAAAGUCCAAAAAGCACCGAGAGAUGGUAGUGUUGCUACGGCAACAGUUGGAGGAAGAAGACGACUCAUUCUGCUUGAACGGAGAGGAGGAUGGAGAGAAAGAAAAUGACCUGCAGGAUGAGGAGGAGGAAGAAGAAGAGGAACAGCCAAGGCAAAAUCUUUCUCUCCACAUCCUUAGGCUGUCAAAAAAGCAAAAGAGGAAAAAGAAACAGCAGAAAGUAGUACAGCAAACUACCGCUGAGGUUAAAGAGGAGGAGGAGACGAUAUCCACACAGACCACCUGUGAGGAAGAAGUCCUUGAAAGCUCAGAAAAUCCUGGACAACCUGAAAAGCAGGAGGACCUUCCCUCUGCAGAAGUCAGAAGCAGCUCUGAAAAGACGAAAGGAAAAAAGGGAGGCGGGAAAGACAAGGCUAAGAACACCAAAUCACACACUGAGCAGUUUCCUGAGAAGGAAAUAAACCUCCGCUGUGUUACCUGCAACGACGAGUUCCCCACAAGAAACAAGUUGUUUGACCAUCUGAAGACCAGCGGCCACGCUAUUGCUAUUUCUACAAACGCUACUCACAGCUCCAUGAGCAAGAGCAGGAAAGAAAAGCGGAAAAACAGAUAACGCAUUCUCACUGCGGCUGAUGAGGCUUUGACCCAAAACAAACUCAUUUGGAGAUGUUUUUGCAAUCUGUGUGAGAUAAGUCAAAUACGGACCCUAACCUUCUGUCUGCAAGUUCAAUAGGUGAGAGUGAAACGAGAUGUAGUUUUAAAAUAAAAAAAAUUAAAAGGGUACUUUGUCCGACAAGGUUCCAGGUUCCAUUGUCAGUGCAUGUGUGUGCCGACUGAAUUGAGAAAAGGUUGGUUUAUUAAGACAUAAGCUGAAUUGAAUUAGAAAAACUGAAAUAGGAAAAAAAUCUAUUUUUCUGGUCAGGUGCUGAUUGAGUUGACUGUGCUGAAUAGGUCAGCUUCAGGAAAAGAAUAAAAGCUCCAUUUUAUAAAUGGCAUAAAAAAAGCUAAAGAAAUGAGUUUGUAAUCACAUGGGUUACUUGAACAGAUUUACAGAAAACAAUGACUGACUCUGCUUCCAGGAACGAGUGUGCGUGAAUGGGUAAACGGAUGAAUGCAGUGUGAAGCGCUUUAGAGUCCUCCAGACGAGAUGAAGCACUGUAUAAGUACAGACCAUUUAUAAUUUACCUGACCUCUUGUUUUGCCUCUUGACCGUCAUCUUUUCCUGCUCCCUGCCUGCCGUGAUCGUAAUCUGCCCGUGCCUUCAGCCCCUGCUUCAUGUGUCUGGGUUAUGAUUGCAGCCUCACAGCACAUCCAAAGCUGAAAACUGGCUUGCAUAUAUAUGUGUUCAGCAUCCUUGAGUAGGUACUUUGUUGCACCAUUUUUCAUUUCAAUACAUUCAUCUGCAAUAACCCGCCAUUCCCGGUUUAAAACAACCUGUCAGAGCCAGGAGGAAGGUGUUGGCGUUGUCAAUCAUCCUUGUGUACAUUCUGCUUAAUGUACUAAUGGGGGAGAAACCACUUAUCAUGACAGGAAAGUUGUUUAUCUGCCGUCAUCGGUGGCCUUUCUCUGCUGUCAAGAGGGAACUGUAGCGUAGCAGAGAGAAACGGGGAGAAUGAAUGGUGCAAUCCUGGCUCUGAUUGGUUGUUUCUGUCUGAGUGGUGUUAGUAGUGGGAGCACUGGGAGAAGCCCAGUCUGAUACUACACUCAUGACACAGUGACAGUGAUAGCAAAUACAGUGCAUAACAAGAUCAAAAACUUUUUUUAUAUAUGUAAAAGUUAUAUGCUGUAAUUUCAAGGGUGAUAAAGCAGUAUGUUAACUUUAAAGUGGAAAUAUAAAAUGCAUGAAGUCUCCAAUACUAAAUACAAAGCUACAAAAACAGAAAGCAACAAUUAAUCAAAAAAGUAGGAUAAAGAAUACACUUGAAAACAGGAUUGUGCUGUAAUAUCAAAUUAAAAAUGAGUAGGCAGAAGACCGUGAAUAGUUUUAGAGAUGAUUAUAUCAAUGGCAGCAUUUGCAUGACCAAGGUUGAAGCCGUUAGCAUAACUCAUGUUUCAAAAGCUUUCAGAAUUCAUCAGAGAAAGACGAUGAGCAAGGACAUACAAAGUUCUGGUACUGUGAACAAAGACUUUUUUUAAAAAAAGUAGCAGAAUAGAAAUAUCCUUUAAUGUUGCACAGUGGGAAAAUUCAAGUGUAACAGCAGCAUUGACGUAUGUAGGUUCUCACAAAGGUAAAAAAAAA